UCUAAACCAACACACAUCUCAUUCAUCACUCCCAUCAGAGAAGGAGAAACCCGCCAUUACGUUCCAAGCCACAGCGAUGGAAGUCCCUAUCAUCAAUCUAAGUAACCCCAACGAAGAGUUAGUGGCUCAUGCGGUGGUCAAAGCGAGCCAAGAAUGGGGGAUUUUCCAAGUGGUUAAUCAUGGGAUCCCCUCGGAGCUGAUACAGCGGUUAAAGGACGUUGGGAAGGAGUUCUUCGAGCUUCCGGAGACAGAGAAGGAAGUCAUAGCAAAGCCAGAAGACUCCACGGACGUAGAGGGGUAUAGAACAAGGUUCACGAAGGAUCGAGAUGGUAGAGAUGCAUGGGUUGAUCAUCUCUUUCACCGUAUCUGGCCACCAUCCAGAGUUAGUUACAGAUUCUGGCCAAAGAAUCCUCAGGAAUACAGGGAAGUGAACGAGGAGUAUGCAAGCCACAUAAAGAAGCUAUCAGAGAAAAUCAUGGAAUGGUUAUCAGAAGGAUUAGGUUUACGACGUGAGGCAUUGAAGGAAGGUUUGGGCGGUGAAGCGGUGGAAUAUCUCAUGAAGAUCAAUUACUAUCCACCAUAUCAUGGUCCAGAUUUGGUCGUCGGAGCUCCGGUUCACACUGAUAUUGGUGCAGUCACAUUCCUAGUUGCUAACGAGGCGACAGGACUCCAGGCGUUUAAAGAUGAUCACUGGAUCGACACAAAGUGUACCACUUCGGGGAUCAUAGUCAUCAUCGGCGAUCAAUUCCAGAGGAUGAGUAAUGGGAAGUACAAAAGUGCGGAACAUAGAGCAACGAUGGAUAAAGAGAAGACGAGAAUGUCAUGGCCGGUUUUUGUGGAAUCUAGCCUUGAUCAUGAGUUUGGACCUUUACCUGAACUGAUAACCGGCGACGAUAAUGCUCCUAAGUUCAAGCCUUUUGUCUACAAAGACUUCAAGUUUAGUAAGCUUAAGAAGCUUCCUCUUGACUGAGAAAAUCUCAUAAUCCAGAAACUGAUGGGAGAGAGAUUGAUCAUCCAUUGUUUCGUUGUUGGCUUAUUAUUCAUAAACCCUACAUGCUUUAAUAAGUAAUGUCAAAAAAAAUCUUCAAAAAUUGUAUGCUUUAAUAAGUAAUGUCAAAAAUAAUCUUCAAAAA